AUGAAAUUCGAUGUUGAUUCUGUUGGUUUAGAGGAUCAAUCAGCAUGUGCAGGUGUACGAGCUGAUUUAAAAAUGUGUCUUUUGGAAAGUGACUGCGUGAAAGUGGUUUGUAUUCUGUCACAGAGUACUCACAAGAAAACUCCCAGACAGUGCUUUCAAGAACAAGAUUCAAGUGUUCCUAAUGAAUGUUAUGUUUUGAGGAACUUAUUUUUUGAGUGCAAAAGAUCAUUGUUGGAUAACCGUCAAAGAUUUAGAGGAAGAAAAGGGUAUUGAAAAAGAAUGAAUAUAAAAUAUAACAUUACAAUUUGUGCAUCAAUCAUUAUUUGUAUGUAAGUUGUAUGUGAUAAGAAAAAUGCAGUGUGUGUGUAUAAAGAAUAUUAUAGUUAAAUAAAGUAGAAAGAAAAUUUUGUUGGCUUCAGUUAAUUUCAAAUAAAUUAUUAUUCUAUUCAAAUAAAAACAGUAUAUUAUAUACUGUUUUUAUUUGAAUUAUAUACAUAACUAUAUAUUGCUUUAAUUUUGUCCUAUUUAUUUAUAGUCACUAUCUGUUCCCUGUGAUUUUAGUGUUUUUUCUUGUUUUAGUAGUGAUGCUUUCUGUGUUUUAAUCCACUAGUUUAAAAGAAUUUACAUCCUCACAGUAUAAAAAUAUGUUUUGUAUAAUUUAUAUGAAACUGUCUUCAUAAAAUCCAAUGUGUGUGCUACUGUUGGAUAAAGCAGUGGCAGCUUGUGAAUAAAUGUUCAGGGUAGGCAAAACAGAUGCAGUGGCACAUCCCAAGGAGGGGGCAUGGGGGCCAUGCCCUACCUCAGUCCAAUUUUUUUGUAAUUGUAUUCAAAUGCACAAUACCUUUGCGUCAAGUAUGGAUACUCCGUGCUAUUGUUCUAUGCUUGCUAUAGGGCUUUUUCUCGGAAUACAGUGCAAAGCGAGGCAGUGCUUGGGCAUGCCUAUCGUGCGAGGUGCAAGUGGGCACAUGUGUUUGCGGGAAGAGACAGGAACAGAUUGCUUGCUGCUUGAGCUGUUAGAAGUGCUUGAAAUGAAAAUAUAGCGUAGUGCCACGAUAAUUAGCUUAGUAGCCACAAUAGCUGAGUAAAACGAUUCAUUAUGCAUUGUAAAAUUAAUAAUAGUAAUUGCACCAUAUUGAAAUUGUAAGAGACAUUUAAUUUUUUCAAUUAUUAUGAAAUGUAUUAAACAAGUACAUAUCCAUCAUGGUAUGAAGAGUCAUCACUGAGAUGAGGGAUAAUCCUACAGCUCUGCCAAAUAGACAAGACACAAAUGGUAUAGCACAUGGUAUUAAGAGAAAAGUAGGUGCACAGACAACCCCCUUAAUAUGCUGAAACACCCUUUAACCAUUACUGAAUUAUUGGAACAUGUUUUAGGAUUGUAACAAUGUUUCCAUUUUCAUAUCCCCUAAGGGGCAUGAGUUAUGUUUCAAAAUCUAUGAAUUACUAAUUCAUUUUGUAUAUACAUUACAUAUCUUUGUAGCACUGUUUGCAAGAAAAGUUUGAAUUUGGGUUCCAGCAUGAAGCUAUUAUCACUUUGAAAACAAUGAUGAUUUACUAAUGUAGAAUCCAAAUAGCACUGGUCAUCUCUAGUAUGAUUUAAUACAGAUGGCAUUAGUAAACAGGUUGGUCCAAAGUUGAUAGGAGGGCUGCAAUGAAAAGAAAUAUUAUGUGUUGAAUAGUAGUAAGUCCUGCGAUACUUUUGAAAGAAACAAUUACAACAAUAUACUUAAUUAAAAAAAUUAGGUGCACAGAUAUUAUUAGAAACUGGAAAAAUCUCUCAAAAAGAGCUUAGUUUUAAAGGAAGAGAAAUGAGGGCUUAGAGAAUAGUUUAUAGUUAAUGUUGAAAAUGCAAUAUUUUGAUGCAUCUUCAGUUACUUGCAGGAAGCAGUGUUUUCACUUGUCUCCCAAAUUUGCCUGAAAUAUCACACUUAAUGGAAACAUUACAAGUUUUUACAGUUUUUAAUGGUUUACACUCGUCAGUAAUUUUUCUCAGUGCUCAAAUGAUGUGUCUUCUUAUUUGAGGUCCUUGCGUAUAAUUUGCUAGCGUACAUACAACUGUAUGGUGAAGAGUGUAAUGUCCAAUAUUUUCAUCUGAAGUACCCUUAAAGAACAAAGACAUAAAUAUACUGUUUGAUGUCACCUCAAAUUUGAAUUUGUAAACUUCCUUGAAUUUGAAUUUUAUUAUAUUGCAUUGAAGUGUAACAGGGUCAUAAAGGAGGGUGCUAGUGACAGGGUUGUUGUGUGUGGGAGCCCUAGUGAAGUUGGAGAGAUUUUGGUCUGAUAUCACUAAAGAUAUGUAUGUUAGCUUCUUUGUGAUUUAUAGAUCAUAGCUAUAUUGUCAUAUAAUUGAGUCACGUUGUUUAUUAUAAUUAUUUGUUCCUUUUGGAACCCCUUUUAUGGAGUCUAACAUAUUGUUGGAUCUCUGCUUUUGAUUAUGAUAAAUCUUCAAUUGAAUGUUGUUCAAUUGAGUGUUGUUCAAAUGUUCAAUUGAGUGUUGUUAAAUUAUGUUUGCAAAUUGUGAACAUUCAGACAGGUAUUUAUUGGCUGUUUAAUAUUUUACCCAGGAUAUUAAUACUUGCUGAAGAAAGAAAGAAUGUUGUAUAUGUGUACAUGAAAUGUUUAAAAGAUAUAUGUGUGAAGAUUGUAGUCUUUGUUUAUAUUUAUGUAUUGAUAAAGUUUUUCAUAUAAAGGAAGUUGAACUGUAUUAUUUUUAAUUGAUUAUCGUAUUUCAGUAUUUUUUAAGGGUAUAGUGAAGAAUUGAGAUUCUAUUGAGAAUGUAGUUUAGUCAUAAGGAUUUGAGGCAGGAAACCUAAAGAAAUAACACAAGUAAAUACUGUAAAAUGUAUUUAUAUUAGCAAUAGAAGAAAGUCUCUUUACAUACUUUAAUGUAUGAUAAAAUACUGUAACAAUAUUGCUGGUAUCUCACUCAUUGGAAUAAAAUUGUAAAAGUGCAAGGACAGUAAAACUCUCAUUGAGAAGUUGGCACUGAAGUUGUCGGGAGAUGACUCGCCCUUUUUCACUCGUGAACAUUGACAGUGGUGAGCAAGUGUACAUUACUGUAGUGGGACGGUCUCCAACUGUUGUUUACAAUAGUCUGAAUUGACAAUCAUUGAAAAUAUAUCAUCAGAGGAAUGAAGAAAAUAGCAUGUUGAUGGUUGAGUAAGUAAUCUUUUUGUUGUGAAAAACAGAAAUUUAAUUUUGAAUAUUUUUAUCUUCAGUUCAGAUGUUUGCCAUUCAUUUCCAAUAUUAGAAUGUUACAAGCUACCGAAAUGAAUUCAUCACCUUAGAAUUGAGUUUCUCAGAACAUUUACCCAUUCAUUCAGUCAUGUUUGAUUCAAUACCGUAUCUAUCCAAUGUGUUGACCAUGUUAAAUGUUGAACUCAAUUUUCUACUUAUUAUUUUAAUCUCUGUAUUAAAUUACUUUCAAAGAGACAUUUUGGAAUGAAGCAAAUUUCAGUAAAAAAUGUCUUUACAGAAGUUUUUGGGAGAAGAUAAUAUAUUUCGUGAAGUUAAAUUACAUUUUAUUGGUUUGUAAAGGCUGCUAAUAGCCACUCUGAAAUAAGAGUGCUACCUGCUUAGGCAGAAAAAGCAAUUAUGUUGGAUUUCAAGAAUGAAAUGGUUUAGGAACAUCAUGGUCAGUCCAAACAGUUCUCUAGUGUUGUUUCAAAGGGCAAUGACACAUUGUCAUUUUAUUCACAAGCAUUAUCAACAAAGCAGUGACCUAUUAUUAUUACUUUAGGAACCACAACUGCCAAAAAUAUUACCAUUACGAUGCAAGAUCAAAUGGAAAAGAAACUGCCGAUUUGUAAAUGGACUGCUGCUAUUAUAUUGAAGCUGAUGUGAACAGGCCCUUGGUUACAUUUUUUUAAAGCGUCUUUUCCCUAAGUUUUGCCUGUUGCAUUUUGUGCAACUGACGGCUCCACAGAGCGGUGAAUUAUAAAACUGAUGUAUUGAAAAUUUCUAGGCCACUACUGGAUAUUUCUAGUGCUUUACAUGGAAUUCACUAAGUGUAAUGCUAUAGUGUCUUGUAUUUUUUUGUAUGUUAUUCUAUGUUAAAAACUUAGAUUAAGUGGGAAGCAGAUAAUUUGCACUUAAGAACAAAUAUAUAAGUGAUAAUGUAAUUCUUCUUGAAUUAGUAAAAGGUGGGAUAAUUUUGAUUUAUCUGUGAAUGGUGCCCAACAAACAAGUGAUGAUACAAAUUGCAUUAAUUCAAUAAAACAGUUUGAUUUCAUUAAAAAUGUGUAGAUCAAUUGAGUAAGUUAAAAUUGCAAAAUAUAUUAUAUUAUUUUAAGAUCAAUAAAAUCUUGCAAGAAUUUCAUCUUUAAUAUGUUAUUUUUGAAUUGACUUUACGGAAAGUACAAUUUUGUGGGGAGAGAUUUAAAAUUGGGGUUAAAAUGUUCAUUAAAAUUUCCAUUAAUUGAUACCUUCAUUUAGAAGCGUUCUACCCUGUUUAAUCUUUUUUGAUUGAAUUGUAGAUUCCCAUAAAGUAUCUUGAAUAUUGGGCAUGGUAUCUGCAGAUAAAGUGUUAAACUGAUAAUGAUUUAUUUCUGGUAAACAUUCUACAUCAGGCCUUGGGCUCUGCUUAAAGUUUGUGCUUCUCACUUGUUCUCUAUUUUUAAUAUAAGAAAUGAAAAGCUGCUAUAUUUGCAUCUAAAUUUUUCUAAGUGUGAAAAAUGGUUGGCUCUUUGGCUCAUCCUUAGCUAAUAUUCAUCGUUCUUUGGUAUUAUACUGUAUUAAAGUAUUGUGCACUCUCAAGUCUUCUCAUCCCAGGGAAGAGAAGAUAUUAUUUUACAUUCCAGAGCUGUGGUUCCUCCAGGCACCAAUAAAUUAUAGAACUCUUGGUCCUUAUACCUGCUCCGAGUCAACAGUUCUGAGAUGGGAAUUCCAAACUUUCAGCUUUGAGUCAGCAGGGCCUCCAACCUGUGGGCAUACAAUGUAGAGGCAACAUGAGAUUACUGU